UCAAAACGAUAAUCACCACACACCACCACCACCGUUUCCUACGGGCUCGUGGUACCUGAUGCCGGCUAUCUGGCUCGUCUGACUUUUAACUCAGAACUGGCUCCCGUUGGGCUCUGUACUUAUUUGAUUUCCGCCGUCUUACUGGAAUCCCCUCCCCCACCAACAGAGACCCCCUCUGCACAAUGCCGCGCGUGGCUAAUUCCAAGCACCGUCGCUCCAAUGGUGGCGCAUCCACCCCUCUCAAAAACUCACCCAUGAGGAUACCACUCAACGACGACAUGGGAGAGAAAGCAGCGCGCAUGGAGGCGCGCCAAGCUCGAUAUGACCGCCACAUGGACCAAAUCAAGGCUGCUGUCAAGACGCCUAUGCCGCCUCGACGACAUCCUGGACACGACCAUAGUGCCAGCAUGAGCCCCGCCACCCCUCGAGGCUCGGGGUAUCGAGGGCGAGAAAGUGAUGUGGGUGGACGCAGGGCAGUGACACCGAUGAAGCGCGUACCAAUCUUGGCCAACUUUGAAGAAUGGAUGAAAAUGGCCACCGACAACAAAAUCAAUGCUAACAACUCCUGGAACUUCGCACUGAUUGACUACUUCCAUGAUAUGUCAUUACUCAAGGAGGGCGAUGGUGUCAACUUUCAAAAGGCUAGUUGCACGCUGGAUGGUUGCGUCAAGAUCUACACUAGCAGAGUAGAUAGCGUGGCGACGGAGACAGGCAAACUACUAAGUGGCUUAGCCGACAGUCGCGACAAGAGAGCUCGCGAGACCGGAGCCGAGGGCGGCGAUGAAGAUGGGGCAGACGAGGACGAGGACGGAGAAGAAGGUGCCGCUCGAAAAUCAAGGAGAAAGGCACAGCGAUCACACGAAGCUACAUUAGCACCAUCCUUCUCCUCGCUCCAAUUGAAAAAAUUUGAGCUCGAAUUCUCAGUUGACCCAUUGUUCAAGAAGGCCUCCGCUGAUUUUGAUGAAGGUGGUGCCAAAGGGCUACUUCUGAAUCACCUAUCUAUUGAUGGGCAGGGACGCAUAGUGUUUGAUAGCAGUGAUGAUGCGGCCGCGGCAGCUGAAGCAAGUUCAAAGGAUGCAGACGAUCAGGAGGCGGAAUCACAGGAACCAGAACUACCAUCAUCACCGUCUUCGGCCAGAAAAACAGCAGACAACAUGUUUGAGGACAAUAUGGAGAUAGAUAUGGCUCCCCUGGCGGAACGGUUUUUCCCAAACUUGGACCUCGUGGACAAUCAGGACAUUUGUCCCUCACUGAAGAACUUUGAUCUCGGCGAUCCAAGCGGCUCGUUAGACAUCCCUUUCUUGAAGGCAUCCGAUGACUGGCGGCAUGAGAGAGGCCAAGAGGAGGCGGGUCCCGUGAAUGAUGCAUCUGGUAUCAUGCUGGAUGAUGACAACGCAGUCGGGUUCGACGACGACGACGAUGAUGAUGGCACGCUGGCUGGCUUCGAUCUAGGCGGAGAUGCUGGCUUUGGUGAGGGUGGUGAGGUCUGGGCUCGUGAAGCUGCUUUGGAGCCCAUGCUGAAAGUGCAUCGUGUUGAUCGAGAAGGCGAGGAUAAUGCAGAUGGCGAAGAUAUGGACCGCGAUGAUGGUGAUGCCUAUGCUAUCUCUUUGACCCACCAGCCAGACAACAGGGAUCAUGAAAACAUUCUCAGCUACUUCGACAAUGCCCUACAGAAGAACUGGGCAGGGCCGGAGCAUUGGAAGAUUCGCCGGAUUAAGGAGCAUGCCGCUGCAAGUAACGCCAACGUCGCGCCGAAGCAACGUAGGGAAAAGGAACCUUUCGAGAUUGAUUUCUCUACACCACUUGAUACCACUAUCGGGGAACUGAUCUAUAUGCCCGCCAGCUCGAAUUCCACAAUAUCUCUGCCUAAAACACAAUGGAAAAUAAAGGGUCGUAACCUUCUUCCGGAUGACAAGCACUUCAAUUCACGACAGUUGCUUCGCCUCUUUCUCAAGCCAAAAGCGAGGUUGGGAUCCAAGAGAUUCACGGUUUCAAAGCGAUUUAACCACCGGCGACAUGAUCAAAACUCGGGCAAUGGGGAAAUGGACGAGGCAUUCUGGGCAAAUCACAAACCGGAGGAUGUUGCCGCUUCCGACGAGGGUGUUCCAGGGGCAUAUGACGCCAACUUCUUCGCGGAUGAUGAUGGCCUUGCAUUCCCGAACGGUUUCGACGACGACGAUGACGAAAACCUCCCAUUCGCUGAUGCUAGAGAAAUGCUUUCCCCGCCCGCGGAUGGAGGUCCAGGUGCAUCUGUAGGAGAGUCUGCGGGAACAUCAGGCCUUCCCGCACUCCUUAACAUUAUGGGGUCAGUCCCUGGCUCCACAUUGCCAGUUGGUGCUGGAGGAUUUGGAUCGCAACUAGUAACGCAGGGCGGUCGUCGGGCACGUCCCGAGUAUGUCGCUUAUGCUCGAGUGGCUAAGAAGGUUGAUGUGCGUCGGCUAAAGCAGGAAAUGUGGAGGGGCAUGGGAGAGCGGCUGAUAACAACAUCCUCGUUUGAUACACCCCAUGAGGCAGAUACCGUACCCAAUGCCACCGAGGAAGCUACCCCUCAACACCCCGAGACCGAGGCGCAGCCGAUUCCAGCGUCUACACCAAUGGGUAAAGGCCAAGAGGAUGUUUCUGCGGACAGUACGCUUCGAUUCACACAAAUCAUGAACUCACUUCAAACGGUUUACGCCCCGGAGAAGCUACGCGACAUUAGCACGUCUUUUGGUUUCAUCUGCCUGCUCCAUUUGGCUAAUGAACAAGGUUUGGUUUUGCAGAAUGAUGAUGGCCCUAGCAGCCUUGGUGCUGGAAGGCUGGAAGAGAUCUUCGUUACUAAAGAUGCAAAUGCAAUCCUUGACGAAGGCAAUGCAUGAAGGGAGAGUUUGAUCGGUAGUACUACCACAUGUACAAGGCCGAUCACCGCGAUAUGAGGUAAUGCUGAUUAUUUCUGUUACAUGCUUGGGUCUCGUGGUCAUAGGCGUUCUGGAUGGAGGAUUCUUUCGUUCGGAAAUGGGCCGGCUGGCUCUACCGGUAUGCUGUUUUUGCGAUGCAAUAAUUCAAUGAAAAAAUAAGCUUACAUCUCGCGGCUAUCUUAUUGGCUGCGUUUUCUUGUCUUCCUUGUUUCAAACAUCAAAUAUUUUAGGAAAUUCCGGGAU